UUAAUGCACAAUUAGACAGGAAAUAACACAUUCAAACCAGCAACAGACUUUUUUUCAUUACAUAGCGUUAUUACUGUGAUAAAAAUGACAACCUCCUCACAUGUACACUCUUUCAUAGGGGAAAGCAGGCCAUUGGCUCUGGGGCAAAAAGUAGUUUGAACUCUUUGGAGAUAUUUAAAGAUAUGAUUGAGUGGGACGGGAUGGGACACAAUGCAAUUCAUGAUAUAAGUUGUUUUCCUGGAAGCCAAGCCCUUUGAAGAGCAGCUUAGGGAACUGGGUAUGUUUAGCUUGGGAAAAUAAGGCUGAGAGGGGACAUGAAAGCCAUGUGUAAAUAUUCGAAAGGACAACUCUUUGAGAAGGACACGGAGCAAUAGAUUCAAAUUGUAGGAGGGGAAAAGAUUCCACCUAAACAUUGAGAAGAAUUUCCUGGUGGUAAGAGCUGUUUGGCAGUGGGAUAUAUUGCCUCGGAGUAUGGUGGAGUCUUCUUUUUUGGAAUUUUUAAUGUAGAUGGUUAUUUAUUGGGAGUGCUUUGAUUGUGUGUUCCUGCAUGGCAGGAGGUUGAACUGGGUGACCCUUGUGGUCUCUUCCAACUUCAUGAUUCUAUUAUACUUUUCCAUUUAAAAAAAAACCCUUUAUCCUAGGUUUCAUGUAUUUUUAACAUACACGAAUACUUUAUUCAGUUUUUUAAAGGAGGGAAGCAGUGUGUGUGUGUGUGUGUGGUUCAGGGCUCUCCCUCCUGUUUAUAAACAGCUACGGGCAAUUUUAUUCCCAGGCAGGUAGGCAGGCAGGCAGCCCUUUGCCCUGCUCAGUCAAUGUUACGCCAUGGGUUGGGACUUUGGCACAGGAGAAAAAAAAAAGGGAUUGCUGACCUCAGGGAGCAGAGAAGCAGCCAGGCAUCAACUGAUGUGGCAGGUGGACUUUGACAGCUGCCUCGGGGGAAAUGUCUUGAGCUGAGCCCAAAGUGAGAAAGAAGCUGGUGGUCUCAUUUUAAACAGGAAACGGGAACAAAUCUGACACUGAGUAAAAAUAAAGGAAAACAGCCUACAACCAAAUCCAAAUGGAGCCUUGGGUUCCACCACCAAAACAACCCUGGCUACGUGGGAGCCACCCAGCCUGGACUGAGGGCUAUAGGAGGAGCCCAUGGCCUGCUCCUCCUUAUUCCAGGCACAACACUGAAUGGACGUAUCACCAUGAACCCUGGGCAGGACCCCAGCCAGAUGCUCAGGCACAACACCACCCAUCCACAUAUCAUCCAGCAUUUAUGAGACCAAAUUCUUGGGCACCCUACUAUGAAAGCAGCUAUGCCAGCUGGUCACAUUCAAGGCAAGGUUACGAGAAUCUGAAUCAAGGCAUGGUGGGAGAUUAUGCAUACAGAAGUGGCCAAAGAUACUCCCCAACACAGUAUGGUGAAAGAGGUAUUUUGCGGGACCCAAGAAGGAGAGAGGCUUGGGGCAAAGAAGGACAUUCCUGGAACCUGAGUUAUUCUGGAUAUAACCGCCAGGAAGAAGGCAGUAUCUUUGUAGGACAUAAUGAUUCCAAACUGACACGAUCUGAGCAGCGUGCUUCCUCUGAAGAAAGUUAUAGUUCAAAGAAAAAUGACUCCUAUGCGAUCAAUUACAAUUCUUCUUUGCAACCAGGCCAGAUUCAGAAUGAUUUCCAAGGAAACUUUAUGGAGAAUGCCAGGAGUGCAGCACAACAGCCUUCAUUUGCCGAAGAGCCAAGCCUCCUCCAGCAGUAUAAGGACUCAGGACUCAGCUCCAGUAUGUACGAACUUAGCCAGUACAUCAGUGAUUCCUCCAACCACUGUGAAGCAUCCCUUUCCAAGGACUGGAGUCUGGUUCAAGGAGCAGGAGACUCAGUAGCUGCUCUGCACUCCGUGGCCCCCCAGAAGUUUUCCCUCCCCCAUGUUCCUGUGUGCUUUGGAGCUGGGGGUCAACUUGUCCAAGGAUGCCCGAAUGAUCCAGCAGAGGGGCAGCCUGCCCUUGUGGAAAUACACAGCCUGGAGGUCAUCCUACAUGACUCGGCUGAGCAAGAGGCAAUGAGAGCCUUUCCAGGACCUCUGAUCAGGGAGGAUCUGCACAAGGUGGAUGUGAUGACCUUUUGCCAACGCAGAGCAGCUCUUGGCUGUGACCUGGCAUCCAACCGUGGCAGAGAUUCUGCCUUGCUUUGGAAACUCCUUCUCCUUCUUUGCCGACAGAAUGGCUCUAUGGUAGGAUCAGAUAUAGCUGAACUGCUGAUACAAGACUGCAAGAACCGGGAAAGAUACAAAAGACAAGACCCAGUGGCUAAUCUGAUCAGCCUAACGGAUGAAGGGUGGCCAGUGCAGGGCUGCGGGACCACAGAUCUUCUCACAGGAGAGGUUGUCUCAAGUGCUGGCACACCACAGCAAAAAGUGGAAAAGUUCACUCAACUCCUCUUCUAUGGCAGAAAGAAAGAAGCUCUGGACUGGGCCACGAGAAACCAGCUGUGGGGCCAUGCUCUCUUUCUGUCAAGUAAGAUGGACCUGAGGACCUACAGUUUGGUUCUGAGCAGGUUCACUAGCACGCUGGCCUUCAAUGAUCCUCUGCAGACACUUUUCCAGCUCAUGUCUGGAAGGAUACCCCAAGCAUCUCAGUGCUGUGGGGAUGGGAAAUGGGGUGACUGGAGACUCCAUCUGGCUGUUAUCCUCUCCAACCAAGUGGGAGACAAGGAGUUGAAUUCCAGAGCCAUCAUCAACAUGGGAGAUACAUUGGCUGGCAAAGGGUUCAUUGAAGCUGCUCACUGCUGCUAUCUGAUGGCAGAUGUUCCUUUUGGCCACUUUGGAGUUAAAACAGACCGCAUGGUGUUGCUGGGCAGUAGCCAGAGCCAGCAAUUCUCCCACUUUGCAAGGACAGAGUGCAUCCAGAGGACUGAGAUCUUUGAGUUCUGCCAGUUGCUGCGGCACUCGCAAGCUUUCAUCCCCUCUUUCCAGGUAUAUAAAUUCAUGUAUGCUUCUCAGCUAGUGGACUAUGGCCUCACUGCCCAGGCCUUACAUUACUGUGAAGGGGUUGGAAUGGCACUCCUUGCCCAGAACCAGAACAAAUACCUUGUCCUGAUGGAACAAGUCAUCAAGCUGGCAGAACGACUUAAACUUUCUGAUCCACGGCUCCUCGAGAGGCCUGAACAAGAGGUGACUUUGGAACCAGGUUGGCUUGUGGAGCUUCGAAACCGACACCAGCAGUGGGAGGACAAAGGAGAUGUCCUCGGUUCUACAUCCACACAGUCGGCAUUUCCUGGGAUCAGUGGGCCAAUAUCAGGUUUGGCACCAAAUCAAGGAUGUGUGGCAGAGCUAGAGCACAAUGUGCCUUCUCCCCUAUCACCAAGUGUCUCAGCUCAGUGCCAUGAUCCAGGUGUGGACCAGGAACUAUAUCUCCAUCCUAGAUCUGGAUAUCCAUUAAAUCCAACAAAUGCUGGUCUGAAGAUACACCUACCUGGCAGGAGCCAAGACUCUAUUCCAUCACUAGGAGGAGCUCCAGAUGAACUCUCCUCAUGUUUACACCAGCCAGCAGGAGUCACUGUGGAAUCCUCUGGACCAUAUCAUUUCUCGGGUCACCAGAAGAACUUUUUGGAGUAUCAUCAGAAAACUGCUCGGAUCCGAUCUGCCUCUGAGAGCUCCACUAUAUCCAUAACUGAGGAUACCCCACAAUCCCCAAAAGAAGAUAUAGGAGAAGGAGUCACAUCGGAGAAGCCAGCAUUGGAAGAGGCAGAGCAAGAUGAAGCCAAGGAAUCUGGUUUUGGCUGGUUCAGUUGGUUCCGAUCCAAGCCAAAUAAGGAUGCCGAACCUUCUAAGAAAGUACCAGCUUCCCUGUUAAACUCUACUGUUCCUGUUUCCCAGGAGAAAGGAACUCCACCACCUUCCCUUCCUCCUACAGACGAGAUGCGCUCUUCAUCUUUUCCUCCUCGUUUUCCUCCUCUACCUCACACAGAUGGAAACCCUUUUUCCAAAGGCUCUUUGGGAACAAGAAACCGGCUAAGCUAUAGCAGCAGAGAAGGAACAAUUUCUUCAGAUGCCUGAGACCAGACUAGCUUUCUCACAUCCCCAAGAAGAGGACCACUUCACACUUCAUUCCCACUAAGGUCACCAUACCAGCAGCAACUGGCACUGGAUGCCAAGAAUAACAGACUUCUCAAUGACAUUGCCGCAUCUCAUCAAACUCUUUCAAGACAGACCAGAGGUCACUCCUUCCUUAAACUUCUCUAGCUAUAGGAUAACAACAAAAGUUUAGAAGGAAAAACAAAAGUGCUUCUUCACUACUACUACAACAAACUACAAAACUAAAUCAGAACACAACCACAAACAAAACACACACGUAUAUAGACAGUAGACACACACACAAGCUAUACUAACAUGAACGAGAAGACAGUUCUACGAACCUCAUACUUUCUGUCUUGUGGACAGCUCUCACAUUCCUUUGGGUCAUGCAUCUCAUGUGCACUAUAAGUCCCACAAUUCAGUAAGUACUGUUAGCAAUGGUGGAUGGGGCUGAUAUGACGCAAAUGACCAAAGAAUCUCUGACCUGGGUUCCUGUGAGUUUUCCGGCCUGUAUGCCCAUGUUUCAGAGGCAUUUUCUCCUGCGGUUUCACCCACAUGUAUGGCUGAUGUAUUUGCUGAUGUAUUUAUUGUUAUGUUUAGAAUGCAUUUUAUAUUGUUUGUAUUAUGUUGUAUUUUGUUCGGCUUAGUGAGCUGCCCCAAGUCCUCUCGGGGUGAUGGAAGUGGGAUACAAAAAUAAAGUUGUUGUUGUUGUUGUUGUUGUUGUUGUUGUUAUUAUUAUUAUUAUAUUGCAUGUAUCCUCAAGGGUUGUGAGAUCUGUUAGAAACUAAGCAAGUGGGGUUUAUAUAUCUCUGGAAUUUCCAAUGUGGGAGGAAGAAAUCUUGUCUGUUUGAGGGAACUGUGAAUGUUGCAAUUGGCCACCUUGAUUAUCACUGAAUAGCCUUGCAGCUUCAAAGCAUGGCAGCUUUCUGCCUGUGGGAAUCCUUUGUUAGAAGGUGUUAGGUGGCCCUGAUUGUUUCCUGUCUGGGAUUCCCUGUUUUUUGAGCAUCUCUCUUUAUUUACUGUCCUGAUCCUCGAGUUUUUUAAAUACUGGAAGCCAGAUUUGUUGAUUUUCAUAGUUUCUCUAACGUGUUCUCAGAUCUGGUCCUCAAAGAGAUGGCAAACCCUUACCCUUGUUUAAUAGAUUUCUAUCCCAGAUUUCUUCCCAAAACAUGACUCUUAGGGGGCUAAAAAUGGCAAAUGAAACAAAUACUAUUGAAACAUCAAGCAAAUUCCAGUUUAAAAUAAUAUUAAUAAUAAUAAUAAUAAUAACAACAACAACAACAACAACAAUAACAACUUUAUUUUUGUAGGGACUCGGGAUGGCUCACAUGGGGACAAAUCCAAUCAACAUAGAUUAAAACAUAGAUCAGUAAAAAUUAAGACAUUAUAGCCACAUAAAACAAUAGAAAACAACAUCAACAGCAAUUUAGAAUCUGAACAGUAAUAAUUACUGGAAAUCCAAAGGAUAGGAAUUUGUGCAUAGAACUCUGGGUACAGUUUGUUGGAUGGUGUAAGGGCAAUCAUAAAUAGGGUGGAAGAGCAGUAUCAAUAAAAACACUAAAUUCUAUAGGAGAAGGAACAGUGAUAAAGUGCAGUAACUGGUACUGAGUUAUAAUUGGGGGCCAAGUAUUUAGUGAGAGUACUUAAUCAAAGGCAUGCCGGAACAUCCACAUUUUUAGGUCUUUACGGAAAGUGGACAGGGUGAGUGCCAGUCUAAUCUUCCUGGGGAAAGAGUUCCAGAGCCGGGGGGCCACCAUCGAGAAGACCCUCUCUCCCAUCCCCACCAGCCACGCUUGAGACGGAGGUGGAAGCGAGAGAAGGGCCUCUUGUCUGAGAUCCUACUCCCUUUCAGUUACAGUAGAUUUUUUUUUUCGUGUCAGGAGCAACCGGAGUUGUUUCUGGAGUGAGAGAAUUGGCCGUCUGCAAGGACGUUGCCCAGGGGACACCCGGAUGUUUUUGAUAUUUUACCAUCCUUGUGGGAGGCUUCUCUCAUGUCCCCGUAUGGAGCUGGAGCUGAUAGAGGGAGCUCAUCCGCGCUCUCCCCGGGUGGGAUUCGAACCUGGCAGCCUUCAGGUCAGCAACCCAACCUUCAGGUCACAAGGCUUUUAUCCCCUAGGCCACCGGAGGCUCAGUUACAGUAGAUGAGGGGCAAUGAACAUAUGAUUCUCCUUGUUUGUUGGACUCUAGUUCCCACAUGCUCUGGCAUGUCCAGGAAUGGUGAAGGUUGUAGUCCAACAUCUGGAUGCAGCAAAUUUCAAUAACUUGUACAGUGAUACUGAGGAGGCAUUUCAUGAAUAGAGUCUGAUAUUAUAGAACAACUCAUUGUAAAAUGGGGUUCUUUUUUGGGGGGGGGGGGGAGGUAGUGAUUUAAAUGAAAUGAUAACCCAAAUCCACAAGAAAUGUCAUGUAGUCAUUCAUAUACACUGACACUCAGAAGUAAAUUGAAUUCCAAGUGACUGGUUUUACACAGAACCGAAAGCUUCUAGUAUGUUGCCAAAUCAAGAUAGGAUAAUACAAAGUUUCCAGGGCAAAAAGAAACUAAAAGAAGAGAGGCAUGAUAAGAAAAUAACACUUUUUGUUGUUGUUUAUUCGUUCAGUCGCUUCCAACUCUUCGUGACCACAUGGACCAGUCCACGCCAGAGCUCCCUGUCGGCCAUGGCCACCCCCAGCUCCUUCAAGGUCAAGCCAGUCACUUCAAGGCUACCAUCCAUCCAUCUUGCCUUUGGUCAGUCCUUCUUCCUUUCUCUUUCCAUUCUCCCCAGCAUCAUUCUCUUCUCCAAGCUUUCCUAUCUUCUCAUGAUGUGGCCAAAGUACUUCAGCUUUGCCUCUAAUAUCCUUCCCUCCAGUGAGCAGUCGGACAUUAUUUCCUGGAGGAUGGACUGGUUGGAUCUUCUUGCGGUCCAAGGCACUCUCAGGAUUUUCCUCCAACACCACAGUUCAAAAGCGUCUAUCUUCUUUUGCUCAGCCUUCCUUAUGGUUCAGCUCUUGCAUCCAUAGGGUACUAUGGGGAAUACCAUUGCUUUAACUAUGGGGACCUUUGUUGCCAGUGUGAUGUCUCUACUCGUCACUAUUUUAUCGAGAUUGGUCAUUGCUUUUCUCCCAAGAAGUAAACAUCUUUUGAUUUCUUGUCUGCAGUAAUCUUCAUGCCUAGAAAUACAAAGUCUGUCACUGCCUCUACGUUUUCUCCCUCUAUUUGCCAGUUAUCAAUCAGUCUGGUGGCCACAAUCUUGGUUUUCUUAAUGUUUAACUACAACCCAGCUUUUGCACUUUCUUCUUUCACCUUGGUUAUAAGGCUUCUUUACACCAUUCCAAAAGCCAUUCAGAGAAAUCCCUGGCUAUUUCUUCAUCCAACGCAAGAUGUCUCUCUUUCCUUUAAAAGACAUCUCCGCCUGUGUUCCAUGCAGCAAUAUUGAUAGGCACACACUCGAAGAAACACAAAAUGGAAAGCAGGGACCGAAUGAGCGCACACUGGUUCUCAAGGGUACAUGGUGUGCAUCCUUCAGUGAAUAGCACAGAACAUUAUUUAGAAAUCAGACUCAGACGUAAUUUUAAAGGUUUAAAAUGCUUCCACUUGACUGUCUCACUGUUGGCUACUGAUGUGAUGCCUUCCGUUUAAAAUGAAAAGAUAUCUAAGGGAUAGUGUGUAUUCAUCCAUCUAUCCAGCCUUCCAUCCACCCAUCCUCCUAACCCACAGAGAUUCAUCAUAAAUAUAGUGCUCCUUUUGUGAAUGCUCUUCCUCUCUUACAUCAUUGGCCUCACAUUUAAUCAAGGUCACUGGUGGCUAGAUUUGGAGCAUUAGCAUGCUAGUACACUGUCCACCCCAAGCCCUGAAGCUCUAGUGUUAUAAUACUUCACAUAGUGGUGGAAGAGACCUGGUUUAAGUGUGAUGCUGGCCCACAUGAAAACUGGGCCCGGGCUGUGGCGCAGGCGGGAGGCGCAAGCCAGCUGCAAUUAACUGCAAUGAAUCACUCUGACCAGGAGGUCAUGAGUUUGAGCCCCGCUCGGAGCCUAUGUUUGUUUGUCUUUGUUCUAUGUUAAAAAAGCAUUGAAUGUUUGCCUAUAUGUGUAAUGUGAUCCGCCCUGAGUCCCCUUCGGGGUGAGAAGGGUGGAAUAUAAAUGCUGUAAGUAAGUAAGUAAGUAAGUAAGUAAAUAAAUAAAAUAAAGGCCAAAACACAGAGGAUGAAGUAAGCAAUCCUUAUCUCAGAUUAUAUAUUGUGUGGUCAGGAUUAUGUAUAUGCCCGUCCAGUUAUCUCACUUAUUAGUUAACUGUAAUGUGGCCAAUGUCAGCCUUUUUCAAACUGCCCCCUCCAGAUGUUUUCAUUAUUUGCAACAGGAUAGUCUAUGUACUUAGCUAAUUAUUAUUGCUAUUCCUCCUCCCUCCCUCUC